CCCAGGGUGCCUGCCAGGUAGGUAUCCACACACUUUUUCCGAGCCGCAUCCAAACAUUUUCUCUUCUUUGAACGACAACGCGAAAAAUCAUAACGAUCAAUACAAAGCACUCACUCUUCUUCCCUCAAGACAUUCCAUCCGUUCUUCCUCAUUCUUCUCGACUGCCCAAUAUGGCGAGCGGCGACGCUACUCUGUUCGAAGAAUCUUUCACUGUGACUGAGUAUGAUCAGUCCAAGUAUGACCGUGUCGCCCGCAUUUCGUGCACUUCAAGCGACUCUCAGACUGUUAUGACUCUAGACAUCAACAUCGAGCUCUUCCCCUGUGCUGUUUCCGACACUCUGCACGUAGUUCUGUCUACUACUCUCUCUUUGGACGGAAGCAAGGAGGACGAGAAGGGCUGGCGAGACGUUGGCAAAGGUGGUGAUGCGCCAGCGACAGCCGCCGACCUUUAUGACUACGUGUGCCAUGGAAAGAUCUACAAGUUCGAGGAAACAUUCGAUGGAAAUACCAUCAAUGCCUACUGCUCUUUCGGCGGUCUUCUUAUGUCGCUUCAAGGCCCCAUCAAGAAACUGACCCCCCUCCGUGUCGACAACGUGUACCUUCUCGUCAAGAAAUAAGCAGAAGCGCCCAAACUUGUCCACCACUAUAGGGCUUUUGUGUUACCACUAGCUCCAGGUCACAUUAAUGAUACCCAUGCGAAAACCGCCGUGUUGGCCCCCAAUGAUUCUCAAAGUCCAAGACUCUAUCUCGCCCCUGUAAGCCUGGUCUAUCGAAAUCACAAUGAGCGCCAAUUGCUUUGAUGCGGACCUGGGAAAGGAAUGUCGCGGCGCACUCUCCGCUUGAUCUGCUCAAUCUCGGGCUCGUUUCCGUCAGUGAGAAUUCCAUGACGAAUGAAAAAGUCGAGGGUGACGAGGGCACAAUUGGACUUGAAUCGACCCUUGGCGAGAUCUACCUUGACUUGAUCAACGUCGCAGAGCUCAAAUUUCUCCGCCUCACCAUCUUUGGGCUGAGGGAUCACAUCGUUGGGAAGCUCGAGAUCGUAUAGCCACUGGCACUCAGGAUAAAUGAAGCCGCCUUCGCCAACCUGUCCCUCGUCCGUGAUGUAAAUGUAUGUAACAUUGCCGACGAACUUGGCACUCUUGCGAACGAUAUCACCAGGAAGACUGGCUUCCUCGUCAGCCUCGCGAAUGACGCAUUCGAAAGGGUCCUCUCCUGUCAUCAAACCACCUGCCACGGUAUUAUCAAGCAUGCCGGGAAAGGUUGCCUUGUUCUGAGCACGCGUAGGGACCCAGAGGCGAAUGCCGUGAGGUGCAGUCCCAUCCUUGACAUACGCGAUCAUGUGAACGCCGUAACGCACUGUGCCGAGCAAGCCUAUCGCAGCUCGUUCCAUGCUGAACAAUAGCUCGCCACUACGUCCAUACACAGGCCAGAGUUCGUCGCGCCAGCCACGGAGAAGAGGGAAUGUCCCAUUCUUCCGCCAAUAGUCGGCCAGGGUCGCUGCGCGACGAGUACGUUGUUCCUCCGUAGGUUCCUGAAAGAGCACAAUAGUUUUCUUCUCAUCAUCGCAUUCCAUCUCUCCCCUUACCUCUUCAGGAACCCGGUGCAGCUCUCUGGCCACACGGUCUAGGAUGUACCCAAUAGGGUAUGUGCCCUGGCUAUCUCUCCAGACCAGAGUGUAGAGCCCGGCAUUCAUUUUGGUGAAGGCAUCGAGAUCAGUCUCGGCAUACGGGAACCUUGAGAGAUGAGUUACACUUGUAGAUAUGAGAGUGGUAGGAAUUCGGAAUCAUACAUGUCGACUGCAUCGAUGAGAUCGAUGCUUGUUUUGGCCAUUUUGAUACAGGGAAGGACGGAUGCUUGAACUGUUGUGUUGGUGGGAUAUCCUUGGUUCGUAUCUGAUCUGAUAUCGUAUGUAUUCAAAUAGAUAGGUACCUAAUUAGGUAGGUAGACGAUGAUGUCAAUGUUGAGUACCUAACCAGGGUACCGACUGUUUGGCAGUACAAGGUUGAUGCAGUUGCGGGCUUUUCCCAAAGUUGCCCGGUUUAUAUGAGAGGUUGGCAGAGCAAGC